AUGACGAACGCAAAAUCCAAGAAAAAGAAGGCCGACGAGAAGGAGAGUAAUACUCCUCCUUCUUCCUCCGCUCUGAUCAUUUGUCGGAACAAGUAUGUACAACGCUCGCUGUUCUCCCUCAUCCCGCCAACCCCUUCCCUCUAAUUUUUGGAGGGGGAAGAUUGAGGAGAGGGGCGGCGGGGAAAAAAAGAAGAAGGAAAAAGGACAAAGGUGGAGGAGAGGAGAGGGGGUUAUAGAAACUAUUAUCCUCCUCCGCCCUCGUUUAAAGGUCUUCCCGUCCAGAGUGGAAUUUGCUGACUUCGCCCUCAGACAUUGGCGGUACAUCUCCUCGUUCCACGGCCCAUGGCUCCAAUUACCCCCGGAAGUGCUCGAGUCCCUCGCUCACAGCAAUUACCAGGCCCCGCGUCCGCGGCCCAUCGACCCGGCCGUGCUCUACGAUCUCGUCAAGAUCCGCAAGUUAAUCGACGACGCGACAAACCUCGCUGUCCGAGCCGCCUCCGGCAUUGCCUCCUCAACAUUGCUCAAAGAUGGCGGCUUACUCGGCGGUAGCGCGGCGGGGGUGCUAGGGCUGGGUAUAGCGGGAGGGGGUCCCGCGCCGCGACUCUCCAGGGAGCGCAAACACCGGAUGCGCGAACUUGCAACCCAGAAACUUGCAAAGGCCUACAAACUCGAUGAGAUCGCGGCUUCGGUGGCGACGAUGCAGAGCGCGAGUUCCCUAGAGGAGGUGGCGAGUCUGGUGCUUGAUAGGAAUCCUGGCGACCCGGAUGCGAAGUACGUGCACUUUUUCCACGAGAAGAUUCCUAGCCGAAUGCUGGCCAAGUGCACGAGCUUGAAGCCGUUGGAUGACGUUAUUAACGAGAGGCCUGCGGAGGGCGCGCCAUUGAGGACCAGAGCUGUCACUAAAGGCUUUAAAGAUGACUUUAUUGGUGCGGCGCAGGACUUGACGCACGCGUUGAGUAUCUCGAGGCCUCGGAGUCUGCACGAUCUUGGUAUGGAAGUGGCUACCCGAGGCGGCAGUGGCAGUGGUGGCAGCGGGCCCCCUAGGAAGACGGAAGAGGAGGAUCAGCCUUCUAGUUUAGAAGCGCAGUUACUUUUCCAUCGCGCAUCGACUUACUUGACCAUCGCUUGCCAGAACAUUGAACCAAGCCUGACCCCGAAGGCCAAUGCCUCAGCAGUGCCAGAAGAGGUUGCUCAGGCCGAAGCGCUCAAGCGGGGGACUGCUGCGAAAGCCGUUAGGACUAAUGCUAAACGAGCUUUGAGGGACUACAUCAAGUUUCUAUCUACCUUUGAUUACACCCCGGGUUUACCCCCGGAGACUACGGAAGAAUUUAUGCGAAGUGUAGAGCGGGAAGUCAACAAGGCUUCUGACCUCAGCACUAGCAGCACCCGGAGCGACACUAAAAAAUUCCUAGAAAUCCUCUAUAGGCAAACAGGAAACGGGAGUUACCAACCACACACACCCCACCACCAUGCCAACAUAAGCAACCCUCUCCCAUCCACCCUCCUCCCUCAACUCCCCGUGUACCAAGUCUCCGCCCUCUUCAACUCCCCCCAACCCUCCACCCUCCCUCCAUACCCCUCCACUUUACUUAUAACCACUAAUGGUUCAACCUACACCUCAACCCCAAACAGCACCCCUAGAACUUCCACCUCCUCAACCUUGACCGCAGCGGCCGCGGCCCUCCUAGCUGAUGGCGGUGAAGCAAUAACUUACCAUCCCCUCCUAACUGACGCUCUGCACUCUCUCCUCCUCUGCCACGUGCUGAUUCAAACUCCGAUAAAGGAGAUCCUCCGGCACGCACACAUGGUUGCCCGACUGGCGCGUGUUUGCGACGGCUACCCCAUAUUCCUGUCCCCCCGCUCCCCGGCUCGUGCGGAUUGGAUUGAAGUCCUUCGUAGGACCAAUAAUUUCGUGGGGUUGGAGAGUACCUGGGAGGCCCUUUGCUCUCCCGCACCACUUCCAGGAACACCCCCGUCACCAGUUGGCGAUGGUGAUGUUGGCCUAGAAUUGGAGAGGGCUGCAGCUGCGCUGGUGGGGGGUGGGAGGGCCAUGCAUCAGCACGCACCUGCGGUGCAGCCGAAGAGAUGGGCGCAAGAAGAUGGUGGGAAGGAGUACCCUAUUAGUACCGAUCGGGCAGCCGUAGUUAGUCGCUGGGUUAGGGAGGGUAUGAAGAAGGAGCGGGAGAGACUUGCGGUAGCAACGCUGGCGAAGAAUUCUAUGCAUACAAAUGGCAGUGGGACUGGGAGCCCGGCGACGCCAACGACACCUGUAGUUGAAGGGGUGGAGGAGUUGCAGGUCUAG